CUCUCUCUCUCUCUCUUUCUCUCACUCUCACUCUCUCGGACACACGCAUCACCACUUCACUUCUGCUUCUUCUACUCUCUUUCUCCGCCUUCCGCCGCCCCCGGGCAGCGAAUGAGAUUCUAGGGUUCGGACCACUGCCGGAGAUGGGCUGCUUCCACUCCAAGACCACCAAUGUCCAGUCCCCCGACGAGGAGUCACUUCCGGCCGACAAGCCAGAUCUACCGAAUGGGGACGCGGGGGAGCAGGACCAGGUGCCAGCGUUCAAGGAAUACGGACUCGCUGAGCUGAGGGCCGCCACCAAAGGGUUCAGCCCCGAGAUGAUCGUUUCCGAGAGCGGGGAGAAGGCGCCGAACGUCGUCUACCGGGGGAACCUCGACGGGGGGCGGCUGGUGGCCGUGAAGAGGUUCUCGAAGCAGUCGUGGCCCGACGCUCAACAGUUUGUGACGGAGGCGGCGGGCGUGGGCAAGUUGCGGCACACGAGGUUGGUGAACUUGAUCGGCUGCUGCGCGGAAGGUGACGAGAGACUUCUCGUGGCGGAGUUCAUGCCUAAUGAUACAUUGUCCAAGCAUCUCUUCCACUGGGAUAAGCACCCAUUACCAUGGCAAAUGAGAGUGAGGGUGGCAUUCUACAUUGCCCAAGCGCUUGACCACUGUAAUACUGAAAAUCGGAGAAUUUAUCAUGACCUAAAUGCUUAUAGAGUCCUAUUUGAUGAGGAUGGGGAUCCUCGCUUGUCUAGCUUUGGUCUAAUUAAGAACAGCCGAGAUGGAAAAAGUUACAGCACUAAUCUUGCUUACACUCCACCAGAAUUCAUGCGCACUGGCAGGGUGAUUCCAGAAAGUGUAAUCUACAGUUAUGGAACAAUUCUUUUGGAUCUUUUGAGUGGGAAACAUAUUCCUCCUAGUCAUGCACUGGAUCUUAUAAGAGGGAAAAACAUGUUGCUUAUAAUGGAUUCAUCCCUGGAGGGGCAAUAUGCUAAUGAAGAUGCUACCAAGCUCGUUGAACUAGCGUCAAAAUGUCUACAGUUUGAGGCUAGAGAUCGGCCGAAUUCUAAGUUUCUUCUAUCUUCUGUGGAACCUCUGCAAACUCAGAAGGAGGUGCCAUCACAUGUAUUAAUGGGCAUAACAAAAGCGCCACAAGUGUUGCCAACAAUGCUUUCCCCACUUGGAAAAGCUUGUGCAAAGAUGGACCUAACUGCUGUGCAUGAUAUACUGCUCAAGACAGGCUAUAAAGAUGAAGAAGGUGCAGAAAAUGAGCUUUCUUUUCAAGAAUGGACACAACAAGUGCAAGAGAUGUUGAAUACAAAGAAGUUUGGAGACAUUGCAUUCAGGGACAAAGAUUUCAAAAGUGCUAUUGAGUAUUAUUCCAAGUUAGUGGCAAUGAUGUCGGUUCCAUCGGCCACAGUUUUUGCGAGGCGUGGCCUAUCAUACUUGAUGAGUGGUCAACCGGAGCUCGCGCUACGGGAUGCCAUGCAAGCCCAGGUGUGUAUGCCUGAAUGGCCAACAGCCUUCUACUUGCAAGCUCUUGCCCUCUCCAAGCUUGGAAUGGAAACUGAUGCCCAGGAUAUGCUCAACGAUGGUGCUGCCUUCGAGGCCAAGAGGCAGAACGGCUGGCAUGGCUAGAUGAUCUCAGUGCUCUCUCUUCGUUGUGCUUCUCCUAGCAACUCAACAGUGGUUCGUCUUGGGUUGUCAAAUGUUGGCUCUUCUUCUUGGGAAACCAGAGCUGUGACCCCCAACAGUGGAUGUUGAGAAGGGAAUCAGCCAGUGUUUUGUACAAAAUCUUCAGAAAAAGAAUGAUUCAGUUAGUGAAGUUUCCAUGGACAUUGUAUUAGGAUCAUCAUUUAUGAUGGCAUAUCGAUGUUCUUGUAAUCACAUGACAGGUGGGGAUAUUUACAUUGACGAGGGUCGAUACUUUGCGCAAUA